AAUUGCCCUGACUAGGAUUUUCAGCACUAUGUUGAAUAGAAGAGGGGAGAGUGGCAUCUUGCCUUCUUCCUGAUUUUGGAAAAAAACUUUCAGUCUUUCACCACUGAAUAUGAUGUUUGUUGUGUGCUUUCCACAUAAGGCUUUUAUUAUGUUGAGCUAGUUUCCUUCUAUUCCAGUUUAUUGAGUGGUUUUUUUUUUUAAUCAUUAAUGUUGUUGAAUUUUGUCAAAUGCUUUUUCUGUAUCAAUUGAGAUAAUCAUGUGAUUUUUUUCCCUUUCAUUCUGUUAAUGUGGUGUAUUACAUUGAUUACUUUUUGUAUGUUGAACCACUGUUACAUUCCAGGAAUAAAUACCCUUUGGUCAUGGUCUAUAAUAUUUUUAACAUAACAUUGAGUUUGGUUUGCUCGCAUUUUGUUGAGGAUUUUUGAAUCAAUGUUGAUAAGGGAUAUUGUUCCGUAGUUUUCUUUUCUUGCAGUGUAUUUGUGUCACUUUGGUAUCAGGGUAAUGGUAGCAUCAUAGAAUGAAUUAGGAAGUAUUCUUUCCCCUUCCCUUCUUUGAAAUGUUUGAGAAGGACUGGUAUUAGUUCCUUAAAUGUUUGACAGAAAUCACAGUGAAACCAUCUGGUCCAAGGCUUUUGCUUUCUGGGAUAUUUUUAGUUACUGGUUGAAUCUCCUUACUAGCUACAGGUCUAUUCAGAUAUUCUAUUUCUUCAUGAUUUUGUCUUGGUAGGUUAUAUAUUUCUAGGAAUUUACCCAUUUUAUCUAGGAUAUUCAAUUUUUUGGCAUUCAAUUAUUCAUAGUACCCUCUUAUAAUCCUUUUUUAUUUCUAUAGAGUCAGUAGUAAUGUCUCCAUUUUUAUUUCUUAUUUUCGUAUUUUGAGUCUUCUCUUUUGUUAUUAGUCCAUCUAGCAAAGUUUUGUAAAUUUUUGUUGAUCUUUUCAAAGAAUUAACUUUUGUUUUUAUUAAUUUUCUCUAUUGUUUCUAGUACCUAUUUUGUCUAUCUUUAAUCUUUUUAUUCUCUUUCUUCUGCUGUCUUUGGGUUUAGUUUGUUCUUAUUUUUCCAGUUCCUUAAGUUGUAAAAUUAGGUUGUUGAUUUGACUUGCUUUUUAAUGUUCCCUUUGGCCACUGCUUUCACUGGUUGCAUAGGUUUUGGUGGGUUGUAUUUUCAUUUUCAUUCAUCUUUAAGGAUUUUCUAAUAUUCCUUGUGAUUUCUUCUUUGAUCCAUUGAUUAAGAAGGUGUUUAAUUUCCGAAACAUUGUGAAUUUUCUAUCUAUUAUUGAUUUCUAACUUUAUCCCAUUGUGGUCAAAGAAGAUACUUUCUAUUACAUCUACAUUUUAAAUAUCAAUAAGAUUCUUUAAGUAUUCUAAUGAUACUUAAUUGUGACCUAACAUAUGAUCUUUCCUGAAAAGUGUCCCAUUCCCAUAUGCACUUGAGAUGAAUGUGUAUGUUGUUGUUUUUGGGUAGAGUGUUCUUUAUAUGUCUGUUAGGUCCAUUUGAAUUAUGGUUAUAUCAGUAUUAAUAUUUAAAAGAUUGAAUAAAUAUAUGAUGCACUAGGUGUUAGGUAACAUAAUGUGACAUGCUAAUAAUAGCAAUUAACUUUUGCACAUUCUUCCACAUUAUCCCUCUAGAAAUUAAUUUUCCAUCCUAUUUAUUUAUUUUAAAAAUAAUCCAACCUAAUAAAGUUUUCUGGACUUAUAAGCUGAAAUGGUAUAAAUAGCAAAAUUCAUCAAAGUCAAGUAAUUUUAUUUCUGAAAUAUAAAUGCCUAAAGGUAGAAAGGCAUAACCAAAUUCUUGUCCCUAAAGGACAAAUUUAAUUAUGUGAAAAAAGAUUAGAGGCAUGAAAUGAGUUCAAGAACCACUAUAAAUAAUGUCAUUUGAAACAUGAGGUUUGCAUUCCUUCCUCACCCAACUGACUUAUGGAACGUUUGAAAACAUACUUUGACAGAAUAUAUUUUCCAUAGGACAGGAAAUAUUUUUGCCCACAGUAUACUUUCAAACAUUAAGCUCCAAAGUAGCCUACUCAAAUUUAAUAAAUAUUAAGUGCAAAACAUUCUGCUCUGCAGGAAGAAUACGUACUAAUGUCUCCACUUUCAUUUCUUAUUUUAGUAAGGAAAAAUAAGAAGAUAUUAAAGACAUCUCUCCUUACCCUUCAAGGACUAAAAUGUUAGGUAGAAACAUAUUUUGAAUCAAAUAUUGCUGUCAUAGAGAUACACAUGUCAUGCGAUGGGAAUAGGUGAGAAGGAAAAAGGAUGGCCCCCGAGGGACAGAGAAGGGUUUUGUAACAUUUGAGCUGGGAACUGAAGACGAAAGAGACCACAGGAGGACUAGCCUGUAAAGCUCAAUGUUCUCCAGUCACAACACAUCCAGGAAAUGACAUUUGUGUGGCAGUAAACUGAGGGAGCUGAUUCCUGCCAGGGCAACUGGGAAGGGAUAAGACUGGCCAUCCCCAGGAAUGAAGAAAUCCAUUUUGGUCAUAGCUGGGUGCCACGAACACAUAUUGGAAAGUGCUGUAGCAUUCCGAGAGUAAAUGGGUAGUUCUCAACCCCGGCAACACACUGUAUAAUCAACUAUGAUAUUUUUAAAAAAUACAGAGGUCAUUUAAAUCCAGCCUCUGAGGAACAGCCUGAACAUGGGUAUCUUUUUGGAUAUCUCCAAUAAGCCUAAUGGGAGACAGGCUGAGAAUCACUGGUCGAAAUUUUUCUUCUCCUACUAGAACAAAAUGGCUGAGUCACAUAACAAGUUUCAAAAUUAAAAACAACAACAAUAAUAAACAAUCCAAUAAUGUAAUGGAUAAUGAAAUAUUAAAUGGCAUCUACUUCCAAUCCUAGCUAUGAAGGAGUGACAGAGUCCAGAAUUCCCCUCCUGCUGUAAACAGCUAAAAAACUCGACAAAAUAUAGAAAAUUUUAUUUUCCUCCACUGGACAGUGGAGGACUAUGACCCUUAGGUGUACAGGAAAAAAUAAGGUGAGCCCAGGACUUCUGCCAGUAGACAACCGUAAGACUGCAAGAUGCGGAGGAGGAACCCAAACAGAGCCUGGCAAUCUGGCUGUGUUAAGGAUUCAAACUGGUGAUUGGGGAAGACAAGGCAGUUAGAAUUCGUGAGACAGAGUCCCCAGGAGGAGGGAACUAAACAGAGAAAGAAUUCCAAAGAUCUGUACAGAGAACCCCUUGAGUCUUUGCUAAAUACAAAUCUAUACAUGCAUAGGUUGAAAACUAGCUCCCUCCUCGUGUCCACCGCACCCCACCACCGCCGCUCGCUGGGUGCGUACCUGCAGGAGGGGCCUGUGGGCUCCACCCUGAGCCUCAGCCUGGACAGCGACCAGAGUAGUGGCUCAACCGCAUCCGGCUCCCGCCAGGCUGCCCGCUGCAGCACCAGCACCCUGUACAGCCAGUUCCAGACAGCUGAGAGUGAGAACAGGUCCUACGAGGGCACUCUGUACAAGAAGGGGGCCUUCAUGAAGCCUUGGAAGCCCCGCUGGUUCGUGUUGGACAAGACCAAGCACCAGCUGCGCUACUAUGACCACCGUGUGGACACAGAGUGCAAGGAUGUCAUCGGCCUGGCGGAGGUGGAGGCUGUGGCACCUGGCACGCCCACUAUGGGUGCCCCUAAGACUGUGGACGAGAAGGCCUUCUUUGACGUGAAGACAACGCGUCGUGUUUACAACUUCAGUGCCCAGGACGUGCCCUCGGCCCAGCAGUGGGUGGACCGGAUCCAGAGCUGCCUGUCGGACGCCUGAGCCUCCCAGCCCUGCCCGGCUGCUCUGCUUCCAGUCGUUACCGACCACUAGGGGUGGGCAGGGCCGCCCUGGCCAUGUUUACAGCCCCGGCCCUCGACAGUAUUGAGGCCCCGAGCCCCCAGCACUUGUGUGUACAGCCCCCGUCCCCGCCCCGCCCGACCGGCCCUAACUUAUUUUGGCGUCACAGCUGAGCACCGUGCCGGGAGGUGGCCAAGGUACAGCCCGCAAUGGGCCUGUAAAUAGUCGGGCCCCGUCAGCGUGUGCUGGUCCAGCUAGCGGCUGCAGGCGAGUUUCUAGAACCAGAGUCUAUAUAA